UUCAAUGUCAUAUUCCUUGAUCUGUAAAUCUCACCUAAACCACUUCUCUCUCUCUCUCUAGAAUUCUCUCUCUAACCAAAUUUAUGAAUUAGAGUACAUUUCUUCGCAUUCCUCAAUUAGUUUCACGUCCGAUUAGAUCGCCCAAUGCGAUAACGGAAGAAGGAAGGAAACCGUAGCCAUGUCGUGGGGGCUGGGGUGGAAGCGCCCGUCGGACGUCUUCCACCUGGCGCUGAACUACGGCGCCGAGGAAACCCUAGACGACCGCGGAAGCCGCACGCCCUCGGCGUCGGCGUCGUCGCGAUCGUCGUCGCCGCCAUUGUCGUCGUCCUCGAGGUCGUCGUCAGCGUCGGCGAUCGUGGACCAGGAGAUAGGGUUUCGGAUCGAUCUGGACUGGACGGCGGGGGCCGACGACGAGGAUCAGGUGGCGCUGAGGCUCCAGUCGCAGCUGAUGGUGGCCUUGCCGCUGCCGCAGGACACGGUGGUGGUGGAGUUGAAGGAGUUGGAGAGCUGUGGGGAUCGAACGGGGGAUGGGGCGGAGGUGGGGCUGGAGAUGAAGGUGGUGAAGAGGAGGGAGCCGCUGAAGGCGGUGACGAUGACGAGGGUGGGAGCGACGGGGCAGAUGAGCGACGGGAUUGGGGUGUUUACGAGGUUAUUGAGGUCGAAUUCGGUGGCGGCGGGGAGUGGUGGUGGUGGAGAGGGAGUUGUGGCGGUGGGGGGGUAUCCUGCUGAUCAUUGGAUGAGUGUUACGGUGGUUAGCCUGUGUGGUUGUGGGAUGUCGGUAUUGCCGGUAGAGUUAACUCGACUGCCACUUCUUGAGAAGUUAUACCUUGAUAACAACAAGCUUUCAACUUUACCAUCUGAGCUUGGCGAUCUGAAAAACUUAAAAGUUCUGAGUGUUGACUAUAAUAUGCUGGUUUCAGUACCUGUUGAACUGAGACAAUGCGUUGGACUGGUGGAAUUAUCUUUGGAGCACAACAAGCUGGUCCGGCCUCUUCUUGAUUUCAGGGCUAUGGCUGAGUUAUACAUUCUUAGACUAUUUGGUAAUCCCCUCGAAUUCCUACCAGAAAUUCUGCCGUUACACAGACUUCGCCACUUGUCCCUUGCAAACAUCAAAAUUGUAGCCGAUGAAAAUUUGAGAUCAGUGAAUGUGCAGAUAGAGGUGGAGAACAGUUCUUACUUUGGUGCAUCUCGACACAAACUGAGUGCCUUCUUCUCACUUAUCUUUCGUUUUUCCUCUUGUCACCACCCACUGCUAGCAUCUGCCCUCGCAAAGAUAAUGCAAGAUGAAGGAAACCGUUUAUUUGUUGGUAAAGAUGAAAAUGCUAUUCGGCAGCUCAUAAGUAUGAUAAGUAGCGAUAAUCGCCAUGUGGUUGAACAAGCAUGUUCUGCUCUUACAUCUCUUGCUGCGGAUGUUUCUGUGGCAAUGCAGUUGAUGAAAUCUGACAUCAUGCAGCCCAUUGGAAUAGUGUUGAAAUCUGUUGGCCCUGAAGAACUUAUUUCGGUGUUACAAGUUGUGGCCAGCUUAGCUUUUGCAUCUGACAGUGUGGCUCAAAAGAUGUUGACAAAGGAUUUAGUGAAAUCAUUGAAAGUCCUAUGCGCCCAUAAAAACCCGGAGGUUCAAAGGUUAGCUUUAUUAGCGGUUGGAAAUCUAGCCUUCUGCUUGGAGAACCGCCGAACUCUUGUUACUUCUGAAAGUUUGCGGGAACUUCUUUUACGUCUGACAGUUCCAUCUGAGCCACGUGUCAAUAAAGCUGCUGCCCGUGCUUUGGCAAUUCUUGGGGAGAAUGAGAAUCUGCGGCGCGCCAUUAGAGGGAGACCUGUUGCAAGGCAAGGACUGCGCAUACUUUCAAUGGAUGGGGGUGGUAUGAAAGGUCUGGCGACUGUACAGAUUUUAAAAGAAAUUGAGAGAGGAACAGGGAAACAGAUACAUGAGAUGUUUGACCUUAUAUGUGGCACAUCAACGGGUGGUAUGCUUGCUGUUGCUCUUGCAAUCAAACUAAUGUCUCUGGAAAAAUGUGAAGAAAUAUACAAAAAUCUCGGAAAACUUGUAUUUGCUGAACCUACGCCAAAGGAUAAUGAAGCAGCAACUUGGAAAGAAAAGUUUGAUCAGAUUUACAAAAGCUCGUCGCAAAGUUUUAGGGUGGUUGUUCAUGGAUCUAAACACAGUGCAGACCAGUUUGAGAGGUUGCUAAAAGAGAUGUGUGCUGAGGAUGAUGGUGAUCUCUUGAUAGAGUCAGCAGUGAGAAGCAUUCCCAAAGUGUGUGUUGUGUCAACUCUAGUCAGCACGGUGCCAGCUCAACCUUUUAUUUUUCGCAAUUACCAGUACCCUGCUGGCACACCAGAGAUACCUUUAUCAAUGUCAGAAGGUUCUACUAUAACUGCGCUAGGAGCAGCUACUACCAGUCCUCAAGUUGGAUACAAUCGCAGUGCUUUCAUUGGAAGUUGUAAGCAUCACAUAUGGCAAGCUAUAAGAGCAUCAUCUGCAGCUCCAUAUUAUCUUGAUGACUUCUCUGAUGGCGUACACCGUUGGCAAGAUGGUGCUAUUGUAGCAAACAAUCCUACCAUAUUUGCCAUUCGAGAAGCACAACUUUUAUGGCCGGAUACAAAAAUUGACUGUUUAGUUUCCGUUGGAUGCUGUUCAGUUCCAACAAAGAUUCGGAAAGGUGGAUGGCGUUAUUUGGAUACUGGGCAAGUGUUAAUCGAGAGUGCGUGCUCAGUGGACCGAGUUGAGGAAGCUUUAAGUGCCUUGCUCCCAAUGCUUCCUGAAAUACAUUAUUUCCGCUUCAAUCCGGUGGAUGAACGUUGUGAUAUGGAACUGGAUGAGACCGAUCCUACGAUCUGGAAGAAGUUAGAGGCUGCAACCAAGGACUACAUCCAAAACAACUCUUCUGCAAUGAAGAGUGUCUGUGAAAGAUUGCUCCAGAACCAGCAUGAGGAGAAGUUGUCAGAGUAUAUGAAAUCUCAACACUUACCAAAUGGAAAGGCUUCAAAUGCUGCGCUGAAAGAGAAUGUUCCCUCGCUGGGUUGGAGACGUAGUGUAUUACUUGUGGAAGCGUCUCAUAGUCUUGAUUCAGGAAGAGUUUUCCACCAUGCUCGGUCCCUGGAAACAUUUUGUAGUCAAACUGGAAUAAGAUUCUCUCUUAUGAAUGGACUAUCAGGGACAAUCAAGGCUGUACCCGGAACAACAUUCCCAACGCCGUUUGCAUCGCCUCUCUUCACUGGCAGCUUUCCAUCAACCCCAAUUCUAUACAGUCCGGAUGUUGGCCCUCACAGGAUUGGUAGAAUAGAUUUGGUCCCACCUUUAAGCUUGGAUGGGUCCCAAUCUGCGAAAACAGCUGCUUCACCACCCGAAUCUCCCCCAGUUACCAAGCAGCUCUCCGUGCCUGUAAAAUCAUUGCACGAGAAGUUACAGAAUUCACCACAAGUUGGAAUAGUACAUUUAGCUUUGCAGAAUGACACAUGUGGCUCAAUAUUAAGUUGGCAGAAUGAUGUCUUUGUGGUUGCUGAACCUGGAGAACUGGCAGACAAAUUUGUACAAAGUGUUAAAUUUAGCUUGCUGUCAAUUAUGCGGGGCCGGCACAGGAAUUAUACAUCAGCCAUUACAAACAUAGCAACUCUUGCUGAAUUAGUUGCAUAUAGGCCUUAUUUCCAGAUUGGCUGCAUUGUCCACCGGUAUAUCGGACGCCAAACUCAAGUUAUGGAAGAUGAUCAAGAAAUUGGGGCGUAUAUGUUUCGUAGAACAGUCCCUUCUAUGCACUUGACGCCUGAUAAUGUUCGUCGGAUGGUUGGAGCCUGGAGGGACAGGAUCAUAAUCUGCACUGGCACAUACGGGCCUACCCCUGCUGUAAUCAAGGCGUUUAUAGACUCUGGUGCAAAAGCAGUUAUAUGCUCUUCCGCUGAACCCCAAGAAAUGCAGUUAACCACAUUUCAAGGAUCGGGUGACUAUAAUGCUCUGGAGAAUGGGAAGUUUGAGAUUGGAGAGGAAGAAGUAGAAGACGAAGAGGCGGAGCCUGCCAGUCCGAGGAGCGAUUGGGAAGAUAGUGAACCUGAGAGAAGUGGGGACCGCUCAGCGGGGCUUUGGGACGACGACGAAGAGGAGUUGUCUCAAUUUGUCUGUCAAUUGUACGACUCGUUGUUUCGGGAAGGUGAGAGAGUGGAUGUAGCUCUCCAACAUGCCCUUGCCUCUCAUCGGAAGCUGAGGUUUUCAUGCCAUCUUCCCACCAUGCCAUAGUUCAUUGAUAGCUUUUACACAAGAAUGUGGAAUUCAAGGGAAAUUUUUUUGUACAAAAAAGGAAGAGAAGAAGAGUAUAUACAGGUAUCAGCGAAAUAAUCGAGAUAAUCAGAGCGAACAUUCAAUUUUGAGGCUUACAAACAAAUAUCUUGUUUGUUAUAAUAAUAUAUCCUUGAGUUCAA